GUUUUUUUAAAUGACUUUAUUGUGAAAUCGCUACGUCACUGGAUGACGUCACUCAGUCUAUUUUGUAAACACUGUAACAGACGGGUUUUUUUCCGUGUCACGAUUGAACGUGACGUCACUGGUCAUUUAAGCGCCCGCUGAACACCCAAAAGCUUUAAUGUCUAUUCUCUGAGCGAGCGAGCGAGUCACCGGGUACUCGGCGAGGAAGCAGAAGGGAAGCCAAACACGACGGCUAGUUGAGCUAAAGCUAGGUCUCCCGAAAGUAGUGCUCACUCUCAUGGUGGUGCUACUUCAAUGGGGAACUGUUUGUUCGCGCAGGGCUCGGAUGAUCUUUCGCUGCUGAACGAGUCCGAAGGCAGCAGCCUUCCAGGGGAACCGCCGCCGCCAUACGAGGAGCGAGCCCAGCAGGGGCCGGUUUACCAUCUGACGCCAAGCGACAGUCGUCUAGCCCACCAGUUGACAGAGGAGGAGCAGAUCUGCAUCGCCCAACGUCUGGGUCUCAUCCAGCACCUGCCCAAAGGCAUCUUUGACCCUGGCUCUGACCCGACUGAUAUGAAAGUUAGAGAGUGUGUGAUCUGCAUGAUGGAUUUUGAAUACGGAGAUCCGGUCCGAUUCCUGCCCUGCCUCCACAUCUACCAUGCCGACUGCAUCGACGCCUGGCUGGUGCGCUCCUUCACCUGCCCGUCCUGCAUGGAGCCUGUCGACGCAGCCUUGCUGUCCUCCUACGAGGCCAACUGAGUCUGCACCGGCCCGAGAGUCACUGCACCUUUCGAGCCGACACUGGUCUUGCUGUACACACUUGUAGCCGAGGUCACGUGGCACUAUGCAGAUGUUUUUAGGUGUUUUGGGAAGCGGAGGUUUACAGUGGGAAGAUGUGCCAAAUCAAGCACAAUGAAGACUAAUGUAGCAAUGGGACUCCAAAGUAGCAUGACGUGGCUGGUUUUUUUUUUAUGAGUGAAUCACUUUUAGCAGGAUUGGAUUCUGGUCCAGUGCAGGGUCUAGAACAUCUGUUACGACCCUCCAAUUCCAUGGCCAUGUUCUUCGGACUCCCAAAGUUGGCUCCUUAGAGCCAGACAGUAAAGUGACUUGUGCACGCCUCUGACCAUAAAAGAAAACAUAUCACUGCAAUCGCGUGUCACUCAACUGACUCACCUAAAAAUACAUGUUUACACAUAACAUAAAUGGGCAACAUGAUAAUAGCCAAGUUCAACUAAAAUGGCAGCCAUUGAUAACAUUAUUUAUCUUCAGAUUAUAUCCUUAUUGAGGUCACGGGAGGCUCAGCUAUAGCUGCUAUGGGACUCGCUGGACAGGACAGGUCGCCUUUCUGCUCAAACCCCUCUCCACCACCCCCUGAUAACUCCCCUCGACAAAAAAAGUUUAUUCUAUAUUGUCAUCUGGGGAUGACCACAAGAUAACAGCACUGGAAAACACACAUCACAUGAAUACAGUAUAUAGCAUGUUUAUCAUAACAAGGCAGAGAGAGUGAUCAUGUGGAAAGCGACCGUACCUGCGUCCCCUGCUCUGACACUUGUGCAGGGUGUGUGUGAGGCCCUGCAUGGGACGACAUACCUGAAAUAUGGUGCAUAAUCUAAUCCCGUAUAAUGUUGUGAUUUUUGGCCAAAAUUGGAGCUAAAUAUCUGGGAUCCAAUGGUCUGCUCCUGACAGACAUGUUUCAGAUGAAAGGUUGUAUGACUAGGUGGAGUCCAAUAGCACCCCUGCACUGCAGUGCAAUAUACCAAUGGAAUGACUAGAUAAGCCUUGCUACUUUCUGGAUCGAGCGUCAGGAUUAUUGAAGUGUGCUUGUUUCUAUUGUUACUACUGUACUCUGUGGUCACUUUAUUAGGUCCCUUCUUCAUGCUGACGUCCCUGUGUGUUCUGUUUACUGUGCAGGAGAUAACAGAAAAAAAGAAUGUCAACCACAACUCUGUUGCUGACACACAUUUUAGAAGAUUGUGGUUGUGCGUGUGUCUUAAGUUUUGUUGUAUUCAUGUUUCUAGCGUUUGCACAUUGAUGCCGUUUCAAACGGCAGGCGCCGAUUUUGUCCGUAAAUUUUAACUGACUAAAAAAUGUAGAGCGCAAAACGGAGGAGGUUGCUGAAGCAAUAUGUAGGAAUGUAUUUGAAAGAUGGUGUGACUCACUCCGGCUGCUGUGCCUUGUUCGAUAUAGAGGAACAAUAAUUCCUGUGAAGUACAAUCAUUUUUGCCACGUUUCUCUUCAGUUGUCAGACACCAGCACUGUACUGAACAAACUGUCCAAGUGCUCGAAACAAACCAUUGAUCGGAUUCUGGCUGCUGCUGUCAACAGUCAUUCUGUGUUCCUGUGUAGCGAGGCUGCGUGAUGAUAAGGAAGGUGUACAAGCCAGAAUAAAAAAAGGAAAUGAAAAAGGAAAGAACACGUGUGAUAUUUCACCUUUCAUUUUUCUGUUCACAUAUCGACAACAAAGCAUGAAAACACUGAAAAAAACACUGUUCACUUGUUUAUUUGACUUCAAAAAACAAAUUCUGAUCAUUAUUUACAAUGACAAGCUACUACUAUAAAAUGCCACAUUUGACUUUCAUUUUUGCUGUUAGUUUUGUUUACUCUUGAGUCAUAAAGGAGUGAAACUACUUUCAGUGAUUACAGUAUAACAGAUUGUUUUAUGAAAAAUGUAAAAUAUUUUACAUGGUUUUGAAAUAAGAGGAUGUU